CAACUGUCGACUGUCAUGUUAUUUGAUCAAUGUUAGGAAAAUUGAUAGAUUAAUUAUUUUAGAUUCCACAAUAAAGUAAUGGCAAGUAUAGAACUAGAUAUUUGGCGAGGAGAAUGGGGCCUUGCCUCAAUAGAUUUAGAAUGUCUAAAAGUCUUGACCUAUAUGAAAUUUAUUGGAGUACCUGUAAGAGUACGUGAAGCCAACAAUCCAUUUUUUACACCUAAAGGGAGGCUCCCUGUCAUGAAGGAUGGCCGCAAACUGCUUACAAAUUUUGAAGAAGUUGUCGAUCACUUAAAGUCGUUGCACUACAGCACAGACGUGCAUCUCAAUGAGAAGCAGGCAGCAGAAGCCAGUGCAUUCACACAGUAUUUACGAGAGAAGCUGUACCCUGCAUACCAGUAUGCAUGGUGGGUUGAUGAGAAGAACUAUUGUGAUCUAACAAGGCCAACAUAUGCUAAGGCACUUUGUAUACCCUUCAACUUUUACUAUCCAUCACAUUACCAAAAUUCAGCAAAAGAGAUGGUGGAUGCUUUAUAUGGUGAACACACAGAUUUAAGGGAGAUUGAAAAAAUACUGUACAAUGAAGCAGAGAAGUGCCUUAAAACAUUAUCAGAUAGAUUGGGAGAGAGUGAAUACUUCUUUGGAAAUAGACCUUCAUCAUUUGAUGCCACAGUGUUUGCAUACCUCGCACCACUUGUCAAGGCACCAUUCCCUAAUGCAACACUAGCCAAUCAUGUCAAAGGCAUAGCUAACCUCUCCAGAUUUGUCGCUAGAAUUAACCAAAAGAAUUUUAGACAUGUUACAGAUGAAUACAAUAGACUGAAUGCCAAAAAGCAAUCUACAGGCACACAAUCAGAUCGUGAGGCAGCUAACUUCCCAAAUCAGACCCGCAACAAGAUCCUUGCAGCUCUAUUUGCAGCCAUCGCCAUGACAGGAUAUGCAGUCGCAAAUGGCAUGUUCCAGGACUUCAAAGAUUACGAAAAUUCGCGAGAAUACAACGACAUGUUUGAGAAUGAUGAAGACGACAACUGACGCUGAGUGCGGCUCGGGGGCGCCAGCACCCACGCCCUGACCGCGCACACAACAACCGCCAACAUGCUCUUCGUCCUGGCGACUCUUACACUCCACCAAGUAUCGCGUCUGACAAGGAGUAUAAAAAUAGUUUUAGACUGAUUGCUGUACUGCGAUAUUUUAUUGUUAUGACUAUUUGGAUCAGACGUGAUACAUCCAAGUACUUACUAGUAACUAUUAAUUUUGCACAAAUAUGAAAGUUGUCUCGAGUAUUAUAAUAAGAACUGCAGCAAUCUUACUAUUUACUAGUGUUGGCGG